ACAGUUCCUGGCCUAGCAACACUAGCUGUAAACGAUAUUAUUGCUAAUUGGAAAAUUGAACAGAAACUUGGCGAAGGCGGUUUCGGUGCCGUGUAUAAGAAAGCUCGUGGCUACACCCCCCCCCCCCCGUCACUGUUGCGAUAUUUCUCGAUUCUGGGUCGAGCACUCGGCUUUAACUUUAUCAUCAUGACACUUGUCGGAGCGUCGUUAAUGGAGCUUCGAAAGGCUAACAAAGUAAAACUCAAUGCGUUCACGAUGGGAUGCGCCUUGUCAGUCGGACUCCAAACGUUAGAGUCCAUACAGGAGCUGCAUAACCUUUCUUCCUCGGAUUUGAAACGCAAUUUCUUGCCAUAUGUCAUGAUGUACGUGCGAGAAAUCUAUUCUGGUUCGGAAUGUGCCCGACGAUCCAUCGACAAUGAAAACGCUGUUCGGCGACCGCGAUGGGCAUCCGGAUUCCGAGGAACGCAAAGAUACGCGGCAAUUAGCUGUCACAUAUCACGAGAAAUGGCCAGAAAAGACGAUCUGGAAAGUUGGGUUUAUCAGCAAAUAGAACUUACAUCUGGCGAGUUGCCGUGGAAAUCGCUCGAGGACACUGUUGCGAUUUGUAAUGCCAAAGAAAAAGGGCGCACAACCGGUCUAACAAAACUAUUCGCUGGUUGUCCGAAGGAGUACAUUCACAUUAUGCUUUACAUCGACACAUUACGUUACUAUGACAAGCCCAACUAUGCUAUAAUUCGAGGACUUCUGCGAGAUGCACUCACUUCAAAUGGACUCAACGAAUUCCCGUACGAUUGGGAAUUGGACCAGAGCAAAUUACCUGAUCCCGCUCUCACAGGUCUAACAAAACUAUUCGCUGGAUGUCCGAAGGAGUACAUUCACAUUAUGCUUUACAUCGACACAUUACGUUACUAUGACAAGCCCAACUAUGCCAUCAUUCGAGGACUUCUACGAGAUGCACUCACUUCAAAUGGACUCAACGAAUUCCCGUACGAUUGGGAAUUGGACCAGAGCAAAUUACCUGAUCCCGCUCUUACA